CGGAGAGCUGCGAUCGAGCUGCUGCGCACGAUGCGUAAUACCAGGGCGUGCCGCAAGGCUGGCGUGUGGGUUGCCUCAAAGGAUAACGAGCUUGUUCCGGUCCCGUCGUGCAGUGCGGCAGCUGCUACGCGCAUGCCCCGGCGGCCUGUAUCCAGUCUCUGGCCGUGCUUGGGAACGCCUACACCCCAUCGGCGCUAAUGCCAUCUAGCCCGGGCUCAGCGGGAGGCGCUCGCGCGCUGCUGGGUCCGGAGCAGGUGGUGCAGUGCAAGCCCGGCGGCUGUGCGGGCGGCUGGGUGGGGGACACCUACAUCCAAGCCAUGCGUGGCCUGCUGUACCAGGAGGAGUGGGCCAAGGCCGUGGCAGCAGCAGGACCCGAUGCCAGCACCUGCCCUAAGGCACCGCUGGACAAGUUGGCCUCGGACCUGGACAGCGCAAACAUCACGUACUCGCCGACCGGGCUGCGCAUCCAGGCGUGGGAGACCAUCCCGCCGUCCGAAUUCGCGCUCAUCCAGGCCCUGGCCAACCAGCCGGUGGUGGCGCUGCUGCACGCCGGCGAGGACUGGUCGCUGUACUUCGGACAGCGCGGCCGGGUGUACGACGGCAACUGCUCCUCCGACCCGAUGAAGUCCACACACGCGGUGGUGAUCGUGGGGUACACCCCCGACACGUUCAUCAUCAGGCCCCAGACUUCAGCGGAUCCCUCCUAAUGUCUUAGGAAGCAUGGCGGUCACUACACACAUGGAUUUUAUAAACCCGGGGGGGGGGGGUGUUCUGAAUGCGACAUUACAAUAUGUUAUGCGCGCUGGGAGGACAUGCCACGGCAUGCCACCAUGCACCAAAACGUGUGAAAACGUACAUAUUCGAACUAGA